AUGCACUAUUCUUCUGUGAUCAAGUACCUUUCUUUAGUAGCUUGUGCCAAUGCACAGCUACUGAAGAUCCCAGCCGUGGAUGCCAUGGUCAGUUCUGCUUUACUUCCCUUUGAGCAGUACAUGUCCUUCGGUGCUGCAACAAAAGUCGCCACGGCUGUCAAAACCUUCGAAACCAAGGCCGCUACAAACGCUAAAGCUGCAGCCGCAGCAGACACUCCAUACUGGCUAGCAGAUAUUGCUCACCAGGGAGUCGCAGCCUUCAACUCGAACCCUUCCGGCUAUACCGUCUUCCGAAACGUGAAAGACUUCGGAGCUAAAGGUGAUGGUGUGACCGACGAUACGGCGGCGAUCAAUGCGGCCAUAAGCACCGGUGGUCGCUUUAGCCCAGCAAGCAGGCAUUCCUCCACCACGACUCCCGCUAUAGUCUACUUUCCAUCCGGAACGUACCUGAUUUCAUCCUCGAUCAUUGAUUACUAUUUCACCCAGCUGAUUGGCAACCCGAAUGCAAUGCCAGUUAUAAAAGCAACCGCAGGUUUUGUCGGACUUGGCUUGAUUGACGGUGACCAAUACCAGAGCGAUGGAAACCAGGGCUGGACAUCAACAAAUGUGUUUUUCAGACAGAUCCGAAAUUUGAAAUUGGACUUGACUGGAAUCCCUGCUGGUACUGCUGCGACUGGUAUUCAUUGGCCAACUGGUCAAGCUUCCAGCAUCCAGAAUGUUGUCAUUGCUAUGAGUUCUGCUGCUGGAACGCAGCACCAGGGUAUCUUCAUUGAGAAUGGCUCCGGCGGCUGGAUGGCCGAUGUGGUUAUUACUGGUGGCCUCUAUGGUGCCAAUGUUGGCAACCAGCAAUUCACAAUGCGGAACGUCGUCAUUUCGAAUGCAGUGACCGCAAUUUCUCAGAUCUGGGACUGGGGGUGGACCUAUCAAGGUCUGUUGAUCUCCGAUUGCACAACUGCUCUUUCGAUCAGCAAUGGUGGGGCUGGGUCCCAGCAAGUUGGCUCAGUGAAUGUCCUUGACAGCACCAUCAAAAACUGCGGUACCUUUGUCGACACUGCUUGGCAGACCUCAACGCUAUCAACUGGCAGUCUCAUUCUGGAGAACAUUAUUUUAGAUAACGUCCCGGUUGCUGUCAAGGGCGUCAGCGGUACUGUCCUUGCUGGUGGCUCUACGACCAUUGGUGCUUGGGGACAAGGCCACAAGUAUACUCCAAACGGACCGACCAACUUCCGAGGUUCUUUCACUGCACCAUCACGUCCUAGUGGUCUGCUCGCUGGUGGAUCAAACAGGUAUUUUGCCAAGUCAAAGCCUCAGUAUGAGCAAUCACCAGUAGCUUCGUUUGUCAGCAUUAGAAGCGCAGGUGCCAAGGGAGAUGGUUCAACCGAUGACACAACAGCCAUUCAAUCCGCAUUGACAUCUGCCGCGUCUGCAGGCAAAAUCUUGUUCUUCAAUCAAGGAACAUACAAAGUCACCAACACUCUUUACGUCCCGCCAGGCUCUCGGAUUGUCGGCGAGGCAUAUUCUGUCAUCAUGGCCACUGGCAAUGUAUGGUCGAGUAUUACCAACCCGGUUCCCGUUGUUCAAAUCGGUAAAUCUGGAGAAUCCGGGUCUGUUGAAUGGUCCGACAUGAUAGUGAGCACCUCGGGUUCCACGCCGGGCGCUGUCCUUGUUGAGUGGAACUUGGCGGCAACAUCAGGUUCUGGGAUGUGGGAUGUCCACACUCGAAUUGGGGGCUUCAAAGGAUCUAAUCAGCAGGUUGCCCAGUGCCCGACGAGCGCAGCUGUCUCUGUGGCCUGUCAGGCUGCGUACAUGUCUAUGCACAUUACCAAGACCGCCAGUGGUGUUUACUUGGAGAAUGUCUGGCUUUGGACCGCCGAUCAUGACCUUGAAAGCCUAACUGAUACCCAAAUUUCGGUCUAUACCGGUCGUGGUCUCUUGGUUGAAGGAAAGAAUGUUUGGCUGUACGGAACGGGAUCCGAGCACCACUCGCUGUAUCAGUACCAGUUCUCAGGCGCAAGUUCGAUUGUGGCAGGUUUCGUACAAACAGAAACUCCUUACUACCAGCCAAAUCCCAACGCAGCCAACAGCCCAUAUCCCAGCAACUCGGCUCUCAAUGACCCCAACUAUAGUAGCUGUCUCGGUGGAAACUGCAACUCUCUCGGUCUUCGGAUUCUCAACACUAAGGAUGUGAUUAUCUACGGGGCUGGGCUAUAUAGUUUCUUCAACAACUACAGCACCACUUGCUCGACAUUCCCACUACCGGAAAAUUGCCAAAGCAUGAUCUUCAGCAUUGAAGGCAGUACAAGUGGACUGGUGGUAUAUGGCCUCAACACCGUUGGGACAAGUUAUAUGAUCGUGAAGGAUGGCACUGCAUUGGCGACGGUUGCCGAUAAUCUGGCUACGUUCGCUGCGACUAUUGCGUACUUCACCUUCUAG